UGUCUUUAAAAGCCGAAACACAGCAGUUGCAGUCGUAGUCAUCCAGAUUGAAGCUAACUCUUUUAUUAUGAAAAAACCCGGAUGAGAAUGAUUGAUUUGCAAACUGUCAAACGCUCAUCAGGGCGGGUAGAUAUGUUAAGGCUGCCUCCAAGGACCCCUGGAAAGCCAAUAAAAAAUAAGGACAUUCAAUGAAACAAUAGCAUCAGCGGGAAAAACUGUUUGCGCCUAAUUUCGUAGAACAAGUUUAUGAAAAUGGCGAAGUAAGUGGCACAGCUUCUUAGAGAGGCUGCAGAAGCUCUGGAAGAACAAACCAGAGCCGGUGCCAAUGUUACUCCUCCGCCACCACCAGGUAGGCAUGCCAAUCCUGCCCCAGUGAGUGGAACUCGCGGUAAGCUAAUCUUUUCUUCUUUUUUUUCAAUGUUAGCUAGUCAAAGGACAGAAAAAAAAAAAAACGUACUAAAAUUGAAAUGUAACUGAUGAAGUGGUUCUUUCGCCAUGUCCUGGUUACAUACAUGUUUUUCUUCAUGUAAUAUUGGACAAUUUGCUAUUUUAUAAUCUUAUUAUACACACACACACACACACACAUUUUUAUAUAUAUAUAUUUAUAGAUAGAUAGAUAGAUUAAUUUGAGUUUGUAAUUACUAACUUAAUUUUUUAUUCAGUUUAUCACAAUCUCCCGGAAAAUGUUUGGGUGAAACAUUGCAACAGAUAAGAAAUCCUCAUAACUGAAAUAAGCAGUAAUUUGCUCAUCUAAUAUGUUAAAAAGUUAUUUUAAAACCUAUUUGAAAUGCUAAAAUUAUUGAUUAAAAGUAAAAAACAGAAUUGAAAAUAAACAGAAAAUGAUCAUCACAAUUUGAUAGUGAUUAAAAAUGACAUUGACAAUUUAUUAUUGUUAUCCUAAUUUGUAUUACCUAUUUUAAUCUGAUUUAUUGCAGCAGAGGUACUGAGGUUGUUUAGACCUUAUCAAAGGCCUCAACGUGCUGGACCACAGCAGACAAAGAAGAAGACAUUCACCCACAGCUGAAAAACGACAGGAGGAAGUCCCCAAGGCCUCUGAAAAAUACGAGUUGGAAAUGGCAGGCUUGGGGGAACGAAAAGUAACAUUUCCAGAUCGAUUCUGCACAUCUGCUGAGUUCACAGCUACUUUACUUACGCACUAUCCCCCGUUGAAGGACUGUGGGGGCUACCAGCUUCUGCGGUCAAGAGGCUCUUGUCGUUCCAAAAUGCUGGUGUUGAUUGACUGUCCCAGUGAUGGAUACACACCCUUGUAUUUGUUCAAGUCAGCUAACAUUGGCCAGGCAGUCAUCUAUGUAAGACCUCUACAAAAAGACAUCGAUCUAAAGAACAUGUUGGAGAAACAAGCUGAGCAGCACAGCGAAUGUAUGGUGUCAUGCAUUUUUUGUGGACACAAUCUUAGUUUUACCAACAUUCAGGAUCAUGUGGAUAUAUUUGAAAGCAUGGCUCAAGAAUUGGAAGAAGCAGGCCCCUCUUUUACAUGCACCCCCUCAGCCUCCACCUCUGUGGGCUGUACACCAUCAGAAGACACAAGACCUUUGGCAGUGCCAUUUGAAGAGUGGAAACUAGAGCCAGACUUGAAGACAGCAGCCAACAUGUUUCGAGAUGCUGUUCUCCAAAGAGCCCCAAACAAGCCUAAAUUGAUGGUUACAUUAGAUCUUGAAAGCAGUGAGACUGAUCGGGAGAGAGACGUUAUGUUUCUACAAGCAGGCCAAUAUUGACUGGUCCAGACCGUUUGAAGCACGACUGAGGGGUACAUAAUCCUGAGUACUUUUGUGUGUGUGUUUAUCAAUUUUUUCCUGUUUGAAUAGUGUUUAUGUAAUUCUUUUUUUGUUCUUUUUAUAUAGGCGAUGUUGCCCUGGGAGACGGGGUCACCAGACACUUUUUUUCACUUGUGUUAGAAAAACUGUCCUGUGGACUACAUUUGAUUCUUGAUAAGCCUCUAAAGUUAUUUUCAAGAAUCCCCCUUUUCCAGCUUUCAUUAUUUCAUUGUAUAUUAUUUCAUUGUAUUGGUUUUAAAGGGCCUAUCAUAUUCAUUUAAUGUCUUCCACUGUCAGGGACUUUCUGUGCUCCCAGUAAUUUUGGAUCAGCUGCUGCUUUAUUUAUA